UUGAAUUUUCACAACUAAUUAUUAGUUAAAAAAUACAAUAAAGAAAAAAAAUUGACAAGAACUGAGUAUGACGGCAAAGGAAAGUGGUGAAUCCGUUGAGGUCGAGGGAUCUUGAGCGUCCGAUUACACUCCACCCACAGCACAACACAAAACACAAACACGAGUGAGUGCGUUGGGUGGGUGGGUGCCAGCCAGAACCCCAAACUUUUUUUCUCUCUACUCAGCUCCCGGAGCCACCGAUCCAUCACUUUUCUAACCGAAUUUCCAACUUAGAAACUAAAAUCAAACUCUCUUGCUUGAUUGGUUAUAGAUCCAAUCGUCGAUUCUCGAUCUGAUCAAAUUGAAGCAUAGAACAAACAAUUGAGUUCAUUAUCUUCAAACCCUAAUCUUCGAACCCUGCACCAUCAUGUUCGUAGGGUUUGUUAUAGGAUGAGAGAUAUGCUCAAGAGUGGUAGUCUUUCCCGUAAUUCUACUGGUAGUAGUAACACCAACUCUAACUCUAAGUCUGCUGCAUCCGCCGCUGCCGCGUUUCGACUCUCUUCGCCUCAACAGUCUUUCAGACGGUUAGGAUUGUGUUCCCAGAUUUCUACUUCUGGUGAACACUCUUCGCCUAUUGUUUUCCCUGAAAAACGCGGUAAAAUUAAGGCUUCUAAGAAGAGUACUGAUGGUGUUAGGCCGGGAGGUGGUGGUGAUCAGGAUGCUGCGGGGAAGAAUUUUGAGCAUAGGAUUGAUAUAGGUGGUGGUGGUGGAGGAGGAGGAGGAGGAGAUGAGAAGUCUGAUUUGUUAGGGUAUGUGGUUUACUCCGGAAAAUUGGUUUUGGAUAAGAGGAAGAUUUCUGUAAAUAAUGCAAAUAAUGCUCAACAAGCUUCUUUGGAUACUACUACCAACCAACCCUCUGUGGAUGCUAAACUAACAAGCAAGGCUUUAAUUUGGGGAUCUCAUGUUCUGCACCUUGACGAUGUCAUCUCGGUUUCUUAUCAUGCUGGUCUCAAGCAUUUCACGGUGCACUCGUAUCCGAUGAAAAAGGCUUCGUGUGGUCUUUCUUGUUUUAUUAAAUCUCGAAGGAGUCGCAAGGACUUUCGUUUUGUGGCAUCUACUAUAGAAGAGGCGAUUCAGUGGGUUGGUGGUUUUGCUGAUCAACACUGUUUUGUUAACUGUCUUCCUCACCCUUUAGUGUCUUCCAAGAAGCAAGCGUCUUCUGAAUUGUUUCAAACCGAUACCCCUCCGGAAUUGCUCUUCAGAUGCAAAACUCCACCCAAGAUGCUUGUAAUUUUAAAUCCACGCUCAGGCAGAGGUCGUUCAAGUAAAGUUUUCCAUGAUACCGUGGAGCCGAUUUUUAGGCUUGCUGGGUUUAGAUUGGAGGUAGUCAAAACAACAUCUGCUGGUCAUGCCAGAAAUCUUGCAUCAACCGUAGACAUCAGCAGUUGCCCUGAUGGAAUUAUAUGUGUUGGUGGUGAUGGGAUAAUAAAUGAGGUUGUUAAUGGUCUCCUUAGUAGAGACAAUCAAAAGGAAGGAAUAUCUAUACCGAUUGGAAUUAUACCAGCUGGUUCUGAUAACUCACUGGUAUGGACUGUUCUUGGAGUUAGGGAUCCGAUUUCUGCGGCAAUGGCUAUUGUGAAGGGGGGCCUUACUGCUACAGAUGUCUUUGCUGUUGAAUGGAUUCAGAAUAAUAAAAUUCACUUUGGAUUAACAGUCUCAUAUUAUGGUUUUGUUAGUGAUGUGCUGGAACUUUCUGAAAAAUAUCAGAAGCGCUUUGGCCCACUGCGGUAUUUUGUUGCUGGAUUUCUUAAGUUCUUAUGCUUACCGCGAUACAGCUAUGAAGUUGAAUAUCUUCCAGCAUCAAAAACUGAGAGAGAAGGAAAGCUUUCAGGUGAAAAGGAAGUAGUAGACAUAUCGGAGCUGUAUACUGACAUCAUGGGUAGAUCAAAUAAGGAUGGAUUGCCCAGGGCAUCUAGUCUUUCAAGUAUCGACUCGAUAAUGACUCCGAGUCGGAUGUCUGGUGGAGAUCUGGAUACCUGCAGUAGCACUCAUGCUAGCACUGAACCUUCUGAAUUGGUGCGUGGCUUAGAUCCAAAGUCAAAACGCCUAUCAUCUGGAAGGAGCAAUAUCACAUCAGAGCCAGAAGUCAUCCAUCCACAGCUGCCUCUGUCAACAACUCCAAACUGGCCGCGAACCAGAUCUAAGUCAAGGAAUGAUAGAGGAUGGUCUGGAUUGACCACCACACAUGAUACCUCUAAAUGGGGAAAUACAACAAAUGAUAGAGAGGAUAUAUCAUCUACACUGUCUGACCCAGGUCCUAUCUGGGAUGCUGAACCAAAAUGGGAUGCAGAGGCUAAUUGGGAUGCGGAAAACCCCAUUGAGUUGCCAGGGCCACCAGAUGAUACCGAAGUAGGAUCCACGAAGGAGGCCGUGCCUCAUUUUGGAGAGAAAUGGGUUGUUUCAAAGGGACAGUUUGUUGGCAUUCUGGUUUGCAACCAUGCUUGUAGAACUGUUCAGAGCUCCCAGGUGGUUGCUCCCAGGGCUGAGCACGACGAUAACACUCUAGAUCUGAUCAUGGUUCAUGGGAGUGGAAGGCUGAGGCUGGCUCGAUUUUUUUUACUUCUACAGAUGGGCCGACACCUUUCACUGCCAUAUGUUGAAUAUGUGAAGGUAAAGUCUGUCAGAAUAAAGUCUGGAAAACACACUCACAGUGGCUGUGGGAUUGAUGGUGAGCUUUUUGCACUUAAUGGACAAAUAAUUUCUUCUUUACUUCCAGAACAAUGCAGGCUUAUUGGUCGCUUCCGUAUAUGAUUAGUGUGAGUACUUUUCAAUUCUUUGAUGGGUUUUGGUUAGCUCGUGUAUUAUGAAUCCUGAUUCCCAACUUGUCUUGUCAAAUUCCUUGUCACUGUAACAGCUGAGCUUUGUAAAUCCUUUGUUCCGGUUAUAUGUAUCUGUUGUUGCUUGUUUA